GCCUAGUGAUCAUCGCUCAUUGGUUAGCGGCGAAAUUUGAAAUACAACGCGCUCAUUGCAGUUGUGGCUGCGGAAGGAUGUGGACGAAAGUACGAUCAGGUGGUCACUAAAAAAGAAACGGAAAAAGAAUAUUUGUGCGUUUAACACCGCCGACAGGGUUUUGCUGCCCAGCAUUUCUACAGUAUCGAACUGCUAUCAUGCAGACCGCUGUGGAGAGCCUUCAGGUUCUCUAUGAUCAGCUGAGGACCCAGGUUGAUCUUCUCAACGAGAAUAUUGAACCCAACUUCAUCCAGCUGGCACAAAACUUUGAUGACUGUCGCCGCAAAUGGCUGAGGUCAGAGCAAGAACUGGGCUCGUGCAAGGAGGUGCUCACCAAAGCCGAAACCGAGAGAGCGUCGUUGGAGGUCAAGCUCAAACAUGCCCGCAACCAGGUCGAUGUCGAGAUCAGGCGCAGACAGAAGGCCGAGGCUGACUGUGAGAAGUUGGACCGUCAAAUUCAGCUGAUCCGGGACCUCCUGACUAGUGAGGGAUCCUCCAACAGCAUCCAGCUGAGUGCAGAGCAGCGCUCAGCGCUCGCCUUCCUGAACACAAACUCUCAGGCACCAGCCAACCUGAAUACCAGCCGAAGACUGACCACGAUAGAUGAGUCCGCCUCCAUCUUGUCAGAUAUCAGCUACGACAAAACGGAUGACUCCCUUGACUGGGACUCCUCCACUGUGAGGACAGUGCGUCUGAAGAAAAGAGAGAAACGGCGCUCAUCGAGAAACCAUGUCGAUGGUCCCCCGGUGGCCUCCAAGCGGUCUCGAUCAACAGGCAGAACUUCAGGGGUGGGCAACGAAACCCUUGUGACGAGGACCACAGUCACUGUUCCUGUGAAUGGAGGACCUGUUGAGGCCGUUUCUACCAUUGAGAGUGUUCCUUAUUGGACUCGCAGCAGGAGAAAGACUGCUGCCAUGGAGUGGGACUCUGAAUCUGUCCAGUCCGAGGAUGUCUUUAAGCAGCCUGGCAACCCAGAGGGUGAAAGAAAAGUGGCCCCAAGCACUCCGCAGAACCAAGGGGGCGGCCGUCUUCACGAGUUUGCCUCCAAAACGGUCAUUAAACCGGAAUCGUGUGUUCCUUGUGGAAAAAGGAUCAAGUUUGGCAAGAUUUCCCUGAAGUGCCGUGACUGCAGGGUGGUCUCUCACCCCGAGUGUCGCGAGCGCUGCCCUCUGCCAUGCAUCCCCAACCUUGGCGCCACACCAGUCAAAAUUGGGGAGGGUGUGCUUGCAGACUACGUGUCUGACUUGUCACCGAUGAUUCCACCUCUGGUAGUGCACUGUAUCAGUGAGAUCGAGCAAAGGGGCAUGCAUGAGGCCGGGCUCUACCGUCUGUCCGGUGCCGAUCGCACGGUGAAGGACCUGAAGGAGAAGUUUCUACGCAGCAAAACUGUUCCCGUGCUCAGCAAGGUGGACGACGUCAAUGCCAUCACUGGGCUCCUCAAAGACUUCCUGAGGAACCUCAAGGAGCCUCUCCUCACCUUCCGCCUCAACCGUGCUUUCAUGGACGCAGCCGAGGUUUCUGAUGAUGACAACAGCAUAGCUCUGAUGUACCAAACCAUCAGUGACCUGCCACAGCCCAACAGAGACACGCUGGCUUUCUUAAUCCUUCACCUUCAGAGAGUCGCUGUCAGUCUGGACACAAAGAUGAACAUCAGCAACUUGGCUCGAGUGUUUGGACCGACCAUUGUGGGUCAUGCAGUUCCCAACCCUGACCCCAUGACAAUCCUACAGGACACCAAACGUCAACCCAGGGUCGUGGAGCGUCUGUUGGCUCUGCCCGUGGAUUACUGGAUCCCGUUUGUGAAUGCAGGGAGCUAUCCGCCCAACUUGGACCACCUGGUCAUUGAGAACGGAAACUGCUACGCCACCCCCGAUAGAAUGAGCAUGCUGGGACCUCUGACUACUCCGGAGCACCAGCUCAAUAAAACCCCCUCCUCCAGCUCCCUGUCUCAGCGCAUGAUGUCCUCUCUGACCCCCAGAUUUGGGAGCAAGAGCAAAUCGGCAAAUCAAAUUGGACUUUCUCGUCAAGGGAAAUUCUUUGCAUCUCCACUGCUUAAAUAAUCCAAAGCGGCUUCACUUUUCUUGACACAAUAACGACCAAUGAAUGCUUUCUUUGCAUUUAUGCGGAACAUAUAUUACGGUACCGCUUUGAACACGUCUGUAAACGCCUUCAGACUCCAAGUCUUUAGUGUUUUUUGCCAGUCAGUUGUAUUUUGCGUGUUUGUAAAAUGAUUAUUUUUUUUUAACCUAUCUAUGCACAGUUGUGUGUCUUCAGAGCAAAAUGUUUAACAAGACAUUACGCUCUCACCUCUUCACACGUGGAAAUCCGCUGUUUAUUACUCUUUAUGAGAAGAAUUCCUAGAUGAAAAUAUGUACUGUAUAUGCAGUUAUUGUGACCUGCUUCUAAAUUCAGUUCUUUCUUUAGACAGUGUUUCAACUCAUGUGUCACUCAGAAGUUGAAUAACUGAUUCUCAAGCAUUUCAUUCUAGACUUGUAAUUGAAUGUUUGAUUGCUAGUAACAUUAUCUUUGAAGUUUUUUUUUUUUUUUGUUUAUGUUCCAUUUAUUUUGUGUUUUAGUUGUCGUUUAAAAGCUCGACUCAGUGUGAGGUUGUUGAUUGGCAUUAAUCUCUUGAACAGAAACUCUGUUUUUAAUAUCUUCACUUGCAGUUGUUAGUCCGGUCAGUGAAUAUCAGGAAUGUAUUCUAGUUAAGACUUUUAAUUUCUGCCAGUUCAUUUUGUUUGUCUAAUGUUUAUUGCUCUCUGUAAUGUUUGUACUCCGGGUGGCUGCUCAUGAGCAGUCCCAUGCAAAAGGCAAUUACCUUGUAAGAUUAGCCAGUUCCGUAGUCGUGGCAUUAUUGGUUCAACUAUUGGCACACAUUUUGUACACGCUAGAAUUCAUGUUACUUUUAAAAUACACAUCUAACCUUUUCAA